UACAAAUAGAAAAUCCAGGCGUGGUUUGCAUCGUGCUCUGCACAGAAUUCCUCUGAACCUUUCCGCUAUAAAAACAUUGAACAUGAAUUUUGUCAAAAAUAAAUAAAAGACUCAGACCAGUAUUCUGAUUUUUUCUCUCUGUUUGCCAACCGCAACGUCAACGGUUUCUCUCUUUCACUCUCGAAAAUUUGAUCGAUGGACGGUGGCGGGUCGAACCAGGGUCCUGUUACGUGUGGUUCGUGGAUUCGGAGGCCCGAUAAAGUGAAUCUGGUGGUGCUGGGCAGGUCGAGGCUUGGGGAUGCCUCUCCUUCUCAGCUCGAGAUCUUCUCCUUCGAUCCCAAGACCACUUCUCUCUCUUCCUCUCCCCUGACCACCUAUGUUCUGGAACAUGUGGAUGGCGAUCUCGUUUCAAUUGCGGUGCACCCCAGCGGGGAAGACAUUGUUUGCUCUACCACUAUGGGUGGCUGCAAAUUGUUUGAGUUUUAUGGUGGAGAAUCAGACGCAAGGCUGUUGGCUAAGGAACUAUCUCCUCUCCAAGAUGUUGGUCCACAGAAAUGCGUAGCUUUUAGUGUUGAUGGAUCUAGAAUUGCGACUGGGGGGGUGGAUGGGCAUCUCAGAAUCUUUGAGUUGCCAAGCUUGCGCAUUAUUUUAGAUGAACCAAAAGCACAUAAAUCUGUACGGGAUAUGGACUUCAGCCUAGACUCGGAGUUUUUAGCUUCAACGUCUACUGAUGGUUCAGCAAGAAUAUGGAAGACGGAAGAUGGUGUUCCCUUGACUACUUUGACUCGGAACUCGGAUGAAAAUAUUGAAUUAUGUCGGUUUUCUAGGGAUGGAACAAAACCUUUUUUAUUCUGCACUGUUCAGCAAGGUGAUAAGUGCGUAACGGCAGUCUGGGACAUAAGUACAUGGAAUAGAAUUGGACAUAAGAGGCUGCUUAGAAAACCUGCCUCUAUCAUGUCCACAAGCCUGGAUGGGAAAUAUCUUGCUUUGGGAAGCAAGGAUGGAGAUAUCUGUGUGGCUGAGGUAAAGAAAAUGGAGAUCAGUCACUAUAGUAAGAGGCUGCACCUGGGUGCAUCUAUUGCGGUACUAGAGUUUUGUCCCACUGAAAGGGUUGUGCUUACUACUACAACUGAAUGGGGAGCUGUCAUGACUAAGCUAAAUGUUCCUGCAGAUUGGAAAGAGUGGCAGAUAUAUGCACUACUUUUAGGAAUGUUUUUGGCAUCGGCUGUUGCAUUUUACAUAUUCUUUCAGAACUCUGAUUCAUUUUGGAAGGUCCCUGUUAGAAAUCAACCAACAAGACCUAAUAUUGAUGCUGUUAUAGGAGAUCCACAAUCUUCUGAUGAUCAAACCGUUUGGGGUUCAUUCGGAGCAUUGGAUAUGUGAGGAUACAGUCUCGCACGAAGUAGCAUCAGCAACAACAUACAUGAUUAUUAGCUUUUUAAGUCUUCCAGAUAUUAUUGAUUUAGACUAGUCAUUUGAACGCGGUAACAAGCAGGUCAUGAAGUAUUUCAACGAAAGAAGAAAAAAGAAAAAAUAACAAUAUAGCUUAUUCCUUUGUUUUGGGCUAA